UCACACUUGUAGGCUUAGCGUUCUUUAAUUUGAGUUCAGCAGCCGAGAGGUUCGUUGUCUAAAGCGGGGAAACUGUUGUUGCUUUCCAACGUAAGGAAAGGGAUAAACACGGAUUUCAAAAUCUGGCAAGAUCCACCUUUCUCUGUGCUGGAUUUUAAACCGUGAAACUUCGAGGUUUUUCUUUUAGAUUUUCUUUUUGUUUAGAAAACCUAAAAUAUGGGAGCUCAGUUGUCCAAGGGUGGAGUAGCUGUUGAGGGGAAAGCGGUCGCCGACCCGGCUGUCGCUAAAACAAAUGGCCAGGAGAACGGCCAUGUUAAAACCAAUGGAGAUGUCUCUGCCAAGCCUGAUGGGGAUGCAGCUGCCGUAGACGGGAAUGGCAUAGCCGAGCCAGCCAAACAGGGUGAGAUGGGUGCUGGCGAUGCCAUCGAGGCCGCCCCUGCUGCUGAAGGAGAUGCGGUCAAGGCCGAAGGGGAGGCCGCAAAGGAUGCCAAGAAGAAGAAGAAAUUCUCCCUGAAGAACUCCUUCAAGUUCAAGGGCAUCUCGCUGAGGAAGACCAAGAAGAAUAGUGAGGAGGGCAAGGAGGCCGCCUCCCCCACGGCGGAGGACAAGCCAGAGGAGAAUGGCCACGCAGCCAAGGAGACCAAAGAGGAGACGCCGGCUACCGAGCCUGUGGCAGACGCCAAGGAGGAGGCCACUCUGGCCCCAGAAAGCGAGGCCGCAGCAGCAGAGGAAGCCCCUCCAGCAGAGGAAGCCCCCGCCGAGGAGGCUGCCACCCCUGCAGAGGUCACGACUCCCGCAGCAUCCGAGGCCGAGCCCAAGGCAGAGUGACCGUGCCCGUCACGGCUACUUGAACGUUAUUUCCAAGAUUAAAGUAUAUAUGAGACUCGUGCCACAUUCUUAACGUUAUAAACAAAACUACAAACGAAGACAAAUGAAGAAGGAUAUAUCACAUUUGCUGAUUCAGCCACCAGUUCACUGCCUUUAUCAUUUCUCUGCUGAUUGGAAUCUCACCGGCCCUCUCAUGAUGAAACUGUUGGCUUACGGUGCCCCCUCAUGGUACUUACUGGAACUGGCGCGUGGGGAAGGUUUUGGAUUGGAUGUAGAACGAAUCUGGAAUACUGACUUAUUUUCCCAAUUCAUGGAGACGCAUCCUUUUAACAGCGUGGCAGCCCUAUAACAUUUUCAUUUCUUAUAUCUUGGGAUCUAAUAGUUGACAGCGGUUAUGGAGCAGGGCAGACCGUCUCCUUCACUCAAAAUGACUGUUAUAUGGACAUAAACCGUUCAAAUGAUCUUACUCAUUUCUUGAAUUCUACAUUCCUAUGUUUUGCCCCCAAAUUUCAAGUAUUUUGUGCUGUAUAGGAAAAAUACAUUAAACCAGGGGAGGUGGAAAAGGCGACGUCUUUGUGCAUUUUGAUAAUUUUCUGGCUAAAACCACAUUUGCGCUUUCUGGGUCUUGUAGUAUUCACAUUUCAGAGUUUAUGAUGCAGGGGUUGGGGUUGUGUACAAAAUGUGCUUUUUAUCUGCAAUUUGUCUCUGUAAAUAUGUUUUGGCCAAUAUCUUUGGUUCUUUUAUUUUGCUAUUGUUUUAAAGAUGUUAAUGGUUUUAUUGUAACUUUUAAUAAGGGUAAAUAAAUGUUUGAUCCCCUCUGA